AUGAGGUGGGUUUUGUCGAAGGCUGAGGUAUGCUCAGCAAUGAUUUGUGUAUUAAGUCGAACACACCCACACACACACGCGGCUAUCUAGAAGGCCGGCAACUUGUCGUGCAGGGGAGAGCGGAAGGUAAAGAGCGAGAGUCGGCAGUCGGUGUCGGAGAUUAUCCGGCGGGUAAUUGUACGGUGACGGGAGUGUUACUAGUGACAGCGAGAUUAGCAGUGGUACGUGUCAGUCGUAGCGAAGAGCGUGGCAAUGAGAGCAGUCGCGGUGGUUGUGACGGCGACGGCAGCCUGCAGUUCCCUUGCAGUGGUGGUGGCGGCCUCAGCGGUGACGUUGGCAGUGGCCCAUAUAAUGAUGAGGGCGGCAGCGACCUCCCGCAGUGGUGUUGUAUGCAGCCCCGAUUGUGGCGAAGGGUAAAUGCGGCCCCUUUUAAUUACGACGGUGACAGCGGUACUGGGCGAUGAUGGCAGUGGCGAUUACCGUACUCGUGACGGGUAGUAGUGG